AUGGCGGUCGCGCUUCUGAGCCUUGGAGAGCUGACAGCACAAACAAUCGGAGCUUGCCUCGUGUUCUUCUCGACGAGAACUUGUCACUGGGCUUUCGUCAAUGCAAUACACAUUUGGUGGCUGUCACCCAAGAACAGGAACAACUACUUCAAAGAGUUUGCAGCUGCUGCAAACAAGGGCGACGUGGAUAUGACCUUGAUCAUGAAGUAUCACCCCGAGACAGUAUCGGAAACAUUUGGAGACCAGUCUACAACGGAGUUUCAAAUAGUGGAAGCCACUGUCAGACCGGCCGCCUCAGUCAUGCUGGUUGGAAACAUGCUUCUCCACCUCAGAGGGAGUGGCAUAUUCUCCUGCGUCGUGAGUGCGAUUCGUGGAGCAACUGCCCCAUUUGGGCUGCUGAUGGUAAUGAGCACUCCGGUGAUAACGGGAGCAGGUGGCUCCAACGCACGAAUGCGCCUUGCCCUGCCAACUUCAGACUUGAACACGCUUUACGUCUUCCAAUGGGUUCUACUCCACUUGGUUGGCUUCGCAUGCUUUAUUGGGCCGACCAUCUUGUUGGAAUUGCCUGUGGCCAUCAUUGACCUGUUCAACCCUCCAAGGCCUGGACCAGGUGAAACAUGGGCUCGGCUCGCCAAGAUGCUGUGGUAUGGUAUGACUGUUCUACGUAUCGUUUGUCCAAUCCUAAUGCUGCGGGCAGCGCCAAACAUGUUUGCAGACCAGGCCAAGAACCCUAACACAUUGCGGGCCAAAAAAUGGUACGGCGAGUAUUGUGUCGGUGAGUUGGGCGCAUCCGUGAUGUAUUUCAACGCGAUCUCAGUCUUCCUCCUUCCUGGACAAGGACCAUACAGCCUCCUGGACGUGGUGAUCGUUGCCACUAUGCUGCUAGAAUCGCUCAGACUCCUUUUCUUCUACGGCCUUUGGUCCUUGAUGCUUCUCCACGCCUGGGAUGAUGUGGAUUUCAAAUACGAGUGUAUGGCACGAUCCACAAUGAGCCGCGGUCCAGUGAUGAAGGGCUUGAGGCAGAUCAGCGGCAGCCAAUUGGUCUUCCUCCACGCCGUUCAAGCUGGACACUACGAUCCAACGGAAUGGUGUGUCACAAGUUCACCCAUUCCAACUUGGAUGAGCAAUGGAGCACUUGGAGUUGCUCAGGGUCCAGUGAGGCAGUUUGUGAUCCGACCUGAGAUGUACGAAAACUUCAAUGCGUUCGAUUUCCUGGACAUGCAUAUGGAGGAUCUCAAGCUCUUCAGUCAGGAUUUGCUCUCUAUGCUGAAAGCCCUACCGAGCUCCUCAACUUUGUUCUUCCCAUUUGGGGACGUGUACAAGAAAGGCGUGAGAAGGCCAUUCUUAUGCCUAUCCUGUGUUGACUUUGAUGAAGAAGUUCAUCGAUUGGACGGGCCCAAGGCCAACUCUGCUUUUCCAACUUGCAACGAGCAGGAUGAGGUUGCGUUGGAUGUUACAGACAAGGUAUUCAGCAUGGACGGUUGCCCGGAAGCUUUCAAAGCGCAGAGCUUCAUUGAUGCUUUGGCCGAGGAGAAUGGUGGUGCCAUACUGUCCUUGUUUGGACAGCUUGUGAACAAAGGAGGAUAUCAGGAAGCAGAGCGACCUGAUCUUGGACCACACUAUGAGGUGCAAGUGCGAGACAUUCGCGCGAGUCGUCCUUUGAUUGUUCUCCGCACCCAAAAGACACAGAAACUGCCAGAAGGCUGGAUGGACCUCGCACAGAAGGAUCUUCUGCCUUCCGAGCUGAGAGGUCCUGAGUCAAAAAAGGCCAAGUUUCAGAUGCAGGAAGGCCAAUGCGGUACAGUGGCAAAUGAGGAAAAAGUGUCGCAAGCUGAAGCUCUUGCAGAGUUUCGCAAGUUGAACUUCAAGGUCAGCUAUUUGGAUGCUGUAGCCAUUCUGACCGAGGAGCUUGCCAUGCUGGACUACCUUGAGACAGAGCUUACCUAUCCGGAGUUCCAGCUUUUGUUGCUCCGACUGGCCAAUCUUCCAGCGGAGAAGGCACCGCACCUCUCUUGCUUGUCUGUGCACGCAUGCUUGGAUGCUUUCCUUGCCAAGGUGUUCCUUCCAGCAGUGCAGUCAGCGCAGUCCAGAAUCCCUCCAGAACCUGAGCUACAAACGGCCGAAGGUUCAGAAGGUUCAAGGACGGCAAAAGAGGAAUCGGCAGAGGGAGCUGAUGCGGAGGCAGAGGCCGCUCAGCCUUCACCUGAAAAGGAGCCUGCACCUAGCUUGUGGUUGGGCUUUUGUGAUCCCUAUCAUUUGGAUGUAGCUGCAACGGCUGCUCCGCGGUGGUGGCCAGAGAAAUAUACCGAUGAAGUGCGCAGCCUACGACAGCUGGACUUCCGUUUGGGACAAGUUUCAGUGGACCAAUUGGCUGCGCUUCUGGAUUGCACUGGUAUUUGGAGGUUCCGUGGGGCUCUGCUGCAGUUAGGUGAAAUUGCUUUUGCGCUUUUGCUUCCUCAAGCAUUGAGCCAAGUUCACUCUUUCGAUCUCGAGGAUCCAGAGACCAUGUCCAGCCAAGGUGGAGCUGAACAUGAAGGGCUAGAUGUUGCUCCUGCUGAGAGCUACCCACAGGAGUAUUCAGGAGCAGACGGUGAGCGUGGGGAGCACGUGGAGCGCACUGAUCGCAACAAGCCCAAGGGUGCUGGCCGCAAUCGAGGCAAAGGCCAAGGAGGCAAGCACGGCGGAGGUCAUGGUGGAUCAGGAAACUGGCACUCAGGAGGGAGAUCCCAACAUGAUGGCAGCAAGAGACCAUUGAUCCUUGGAGAAGCUCCGCAGGUGCGACUGACGGAGGCAAGUCAUCUCAAGGGUGCCGCAGAGCAUUGCAUUCUGUGUUGGGAGGAGCAGCCCUCCUAUGUCAGCAUCGGCCGAUGUAGGCAUGCUGAAGUUUGUUGGGUUUGCACUCUCCGACUUCGUUUCUUGAAUCAGGACACCAGAUGUCCCUUGUGCAAUGAAGAGCUUGGAGAGGUUCUUCUGACGAAUGACAGAACGGCUUCCGUGGAUCCCAAUGAUCUUAUUGGGCUGAAUCAUGAACGCCCCUGGAUCUACUUCGCAGAUGACAUCAUCCGCAGAGCUGUUUUGUCGCUCUUGGGAUAUCGAUGUCAAAUUGAGCGCUGCAAGCAGAAAGACACUGCCUUCCAGACGCUCAGGCAAUUGGAGGACCAUCUUUGGUUUUCCCAUUGGCGCCAGCUUUGCAGCGUUUGCCUCCAUGACCGGCCAGCGUUCAUUUGUGAACAGCGGGUGUAUGCGUCAACUGACAUAGAUAGGCACCAUCGGGAAGGCGAUUCAGCCAAGUUGAUGGAGCAACGCGCUAUGCCGACAGUGCCGGCACACCCGCGAUGUCAAUUCUGCAAACAAAGGUUCUUCAACGAAGAUGUUUUGCUCGCACAUAUGUACAGGAGGCAUGUUGUUUGCCAAUUGUGCGACUCUUUGGGACAGAAGAGCGAAUUUUAUUUGAAUUUGAAAUGCCUAUCUCGCCAUUACCAAGAAAGGCAUUAUGUUUGUGCCCACAAGGACUGCGAACAUGGUGGAUACCGUCAAACAGCUUUCGCCGAAGGGAGGGCCUUGAUCGAGCACUACGAAAAGGUCCACAAACAAAGCUUCAAAGACGAAAAGGGACGGACCAAGCUGUCUAUGGGCUUUAUUGAGGAGGACAGCAGCCGAAGAGGGAAGGGCUCAGGGCGUGGCUCUGGUUCUACAACAGACGUGGAUCAUGUACAGUUUCGAUGGCCGUCAAAUUUAGAACCAGAGGACUACACUGAGGCUGCCGGCAGCGAGGACCGCGGCAAUCGCGAGUACUACAACCGAUAUCCUAAACGGGACAUUGUACCACUGUCGACAGAGAAAGGAGGCAACUGGAGGGUGGCCAACAAAGCGGAGGGUGAAAACCCCGAGGCUGGUGAGGCUGGCGAAGCUGGCGAAGCCCAGGAAGGCGAGAAUGAAGCCGCUGAAGCCCGUGGCGGUGGAGGAAGAGUCGCCCGUGGAGAUGCUACAGCUGAGGAGGCUGAGCUACUUCCGGAACUGGAGAAACUGAGCAUAGACUGUGCUUUUGGAGCAGAAGGUCGCAAUGGGGCUCCGAGUUGCCUCAGUGCUUUGCAUGCGGCUCUGGGAGCUUUGGUCACUGAAAACGAAGCCGAAAUUGCAGGCUGGGACAUCAAGCUACUACCAGCGGUUCGCCGAUUGAAUCGCACCGAGGUUGAGACCUUGGAAUGCAUGCGGAUCUACUUGCACGACCAUGACUCAAAGGAGGAUGAAGAGAAUGGAGAUAGCAUUGAUUGGGAGCCUUUGGAGCGGAUCUUAGGCUUAAGACCUGCCCUCCGCAGGUUGCUUCAUGUUGACAAGGUCAAACCACCGACAAACGCAAGAUCCCGACAAGCCAUUGGGCCCAGGCAAGGUCAGACAGAGGUGGAGGAACAGGAGGAUGAGAAGGGUUGGAGAGAGUGGAAACAAUUGGCACAGGUCCGGAUCCAAGCGUUGGCUCCAAAAGCUCAGCAACGGCUGCUGCGUUACGUGGAACUGUGCGUUCAAAGACGGACUGCUCUGGAGCAGAUUGGCGAGGGUGUUCGUGAUUGGGAAGAUGAAAACAUCGAGCAGGCGUUUCCAUCCCUGAGCCAAAGUGCCUCCGGCAAUGCGGUCCCUUCAACGCAGCCUGCUGAAAUGAAUUCUUUGGCAAGGCACGCAAGAGGAUGGGCGGACAUGGCAGCUGGUCACAAUCGCGAGGCAGUCACGAAUGUCGAGGAGCAGUUCCCUGCCCUUGGGGGAGGGACGUCCACUGCAGCAAGGCCCAGUUGGGGGCCUCAAAGAAAUGCUCCUGUGCCAAAGGAUUCUGCUGACCGUGGAGUCCAGGGUGCAGUUGAGGCUCCAAAGAGUGACGCUCUCGAGAAGGAGGCGUUUCCUAGCCUUGGUGGGAAAACGACCACUGCGCCUGAGAACGUCAAAUGGGGAGCACCCAAUGGGACCAAGGAGGUGCCAAGUGACCCACCUGACGGUGCAGCAUCAUCGUCGAAGCGGGAGAUGACCCUGGAAGAAUGGGCUAAGCCCAAAGCUCCAAAGGUCGAGAAGAAGGACUUGAAUUUUUCUAGCGCAGAGGCAUUUCCAUCUCUGGGUGGCUCCGGCUCCAGUGGCUCUCAAGCAGCUGCAGCACAGGCCCCAUCUUGGGGAGCUCGAAGUGCAGGGCUGCAAGCAGCCAAGGCGAAUAGCGCAAAAGAGGCAAAGGAGGCCAAGGCUGUUGCUGCAGCCAAAGAGGCUGCUGAAGCGAUCGCCGAGGCUAAAGCUUCACGAGCGAGCGCAGCAGUUGUUGGAAAGAAGGUAGAAGCAGAACUUGCCAAUGAUGCAAACAAUUUUCCCGAGCUCCCAAGCAACAAGAGCUCAGCUUCCAAGGAUGCGCAGCCAAAGAAAGCAUCAAAGGCGGCAGCUAAGCCCACUCCGAAGGCUGCAGAAAAGCCGACCGGGACCAGUUCGAAGGCGCCCAAGGAGGCGCUGAAGGCUGCAGUGGCUGAGACAAUGCCCAUCGAUUUGGAUCAGGAAGAUGGUGGUGGAACCCGAGUGGAACCCAGUUGACAAACUGCGAGUUGCAGGACCUUGUCCUGCUAAAGAAGAGCGACGACGAAGAACACACCCAAGCGAAGGAGGGAAGUCAGAAGAAGAAAAAGGGUCAGCAGAACAAGAAGAAUGUCAUUCCUGCUUCGGAAUGGUUUCAGGGCUGACCAGUGUAUCGUGAAGAUGCUUGGCGCACCCUCGAAGCGUGUGGCAGACAAACAAAUCCUUUUGACAGACAGGUGUUCUUUCACAUACGGCGUGUAUGUGGCGUGUUUGGGGAACGUGUUCGUGAAGCAGCUAGCAGCCAUCGAGAUGCAUCGAGAGUGCUCGAAGCCUUUGGACUAGGACCUCGUUUUGCCA